AUGACUGACUGGGUUGACUUGUGCAGCAAAAAGCUAGAACGUGCAGAGCAGCUGAUCGGGGGCCUGGGAGGUGAGAAAACCCGAUGGAGCAACUCUGCGCUAGAGCUUGGGCAUCUGUACAUCAACCUGACAGGUGAUAUCCUCAUCUCCUCAGGGGUUGUUGCCUACCUGGGAGCCUUUACAUCUAACUACAGACAGAAUCAAACCAAGGAGUGGUCACAGUCGUGUAAAGAAAGAGACAUUCCCUGCUCCGAUGAUUACUCUCUUAUGGGUACACUGGGAGAGGCCGUGACGAUUCGAGCUUGGAAUAUCGCUGGGUUACCCUCUGAUUCUUUCUCCAUUGAUAAUGGGAUCAUUAUAAU